AUGAAUGGAAGCGAAACUGCGCCGGGUUCCAUCAAGAUCACGGUCGUGGGGGAUGGCAACACUGGCAAGACCUGCAUGUUUGACAACUUCAAUGCAGAUGUUGUAGUGGAUGACACCAAGCACAACAUCACUCUUUGGGACACAGCUGGCCAAGAGGAUUAUGAACGUCUUCGACCCCUUUCUUAUCCCCACACAAAGGUGUUCCUCCUAUGCUUUGCAGUCAAUUCACGUGCUUCCUUCGAAAACAUUGUGCACAAAUGGGCGCCUGAGCUGAAGCAUCACUGCAAAGAUGCGAAAAUCGUGCUUGUUGCGACCAAAACGGACUUGCGGCCAACGGACAAUAACUCCGCUGCGGAUCCCACCGAGUUCGUGUCGUCCCGAGAAGGCAAGAAGCUCAAGAGUCGGAUCCACGCUGCUCGUUACGUGGAGUGUUCAGCAAAGACCCGACACGGGCUCCAGGAGGUGUUUCAGGAAGCCGUCCGAAGUCUGGGCGAUCAUCACGGGGCUGGGCACGGGAAGCCCCUGGCCCGACUCUGCGCCAUCCUCUGA